AUGACCGCGAUCACACAAAAUCUUCCUUGGUUCAUAAAGGACCUCGGAAUUUACAUAGUGGGCAAGGAAUGCUACACGUCAUUAGUCGAGAAUCUCAACCUCACCGAUGUAAAAUGCUUAAAAUAUUCGCUCUCUAAAGGACUGGGUAUCGGAAUUGUCGUGGGCGGGUCUAUCAUGAAAGUGCCCCAGAUCCUCCUCAUCAUUAACGCGAAGUCUGCUCGCGGUCUUUCACUGACGGCGUACAUACUAGAAACGGUGUCAUACGCCAUCACGCUUGCAUAUUCCUUCCGACACCGAUUUCCCUUCUCCACGUACGGCGAGAACCUCUUCUUGACCCUCCAAAACACGAUCAUCGCCCUCCUCAUCAUCUACUACGCGCCGGUUCGCAGAGCUCUCACACAACGCCAAGGAGACAAAACUCAGCAGCUCGCCGUAGCGUCCGCCUUCACACUCGCAACAGCGUUUGCGCUGCACACGCUUCCCAUCUCCGCCAUCGCCCUUCUCCAAACGACGACCCUUCCGUUAUCAUUAUUCUCCAAGCUCCCGCAGAUCCGACAGAACGCUCGGGCUCAAAGCACCGGGCAGCUCUCUGCCUUUGCCGUCGGUAGCCAAAUUGCAGGAUGUCUCGCCCGGCUCUUCACCACAGCGACUGAAGUUGGCGAUUCGCUCAUAGCAGCAGGCUUCGCUCUCGCGCUCCUGCUCAACCUCGUGCUUGGUGCGCAGCUCUGGAUGUACUGGGGUCAAGAAGGUGUUGUCAAGGACGAAUUCGGGCUGCGCGAGCGUUCGGAAUAUAAGGAAAGGGAGAGAGCCUCCCCUGUGCCUGCCUACCCCCCCGCGGUAUGGGAGGCACAAGGUCAACCUCCGAUCUACCAACCCGCCACACCGAGAGCUGCAGGUAACCCGGAGCCAACGAGCCACCAUGUUGCUACGCCUCCGCCACGCACACCAUCGUCCGCAGGAGGGAGAACAUGGUCUCGGAAGGUGGAUUAA